AUGUCUGCCCCAACAGGUAUCCCAACCUACAAUUCAGCGCCCGUGAACCCCAACAAGGAGGGAGAAGGCACACACGCAACAGCCUCACAGCCUGAACCCGCCACCGCAAUCGAGCCACCAGCAAGCGCACCGUCACAACCUCCAGCAGCACCCGCAACAACCACAGCAGCAGCCACAGCUCCCUCCAACCCCGCAAUAUACACGACCGCCGAGCCAAAAUCAGCACCACAACAACAACCCCAACAACCUCCCCCGAGACAGCGACAUCCACAACGCAAACUCCACCCGCUCCCCAACCCGGCGCCGUCCCGUCACCAUCAACAGCAUACACGGGGACGGCACCCCAAACCUCUACAAUCCCCCCCACCCCCGAAAGCCGGCGAAGCCAUCUCCCAGCCUCCAACCCAACCAACCCAAAGCUACACGCAAUUCUACUCCUACAACCCACCCCUAGGUGCGCAGACUGCAUUGCCGAACUCGACCACCUCAUCCUAUUCGUCUGUGUAUCCGACGCAGGCGGGAUCGCAUCGUCCGCAGGCGCUGCCGCUGCACUACGGUGCUGGGGCUGGGGCUGGGUCUGGUGGUGGAGCGAGUAGUAUCUUCCCUGAAGAGGAGGAGGAGGAGGGGUUUAUGGGUGCGGCGAAGGGGUGGCUACGGUGGUCUGGGAAUAAGUUAGCGGAGGUUGAGAAGGGGGUUUGGAAGAAGAUUAAUGAUGUUCAUGAUUAG